GGGCUGCGGCGCCCUGCCGCCGGGUGCUAUACAUAGGCCAGCCCUGCCCCGCCGAGGCGCUGAAUGGAGCAGGCUCGGCCUUAUCAACCCAGCGUGUCAUCAGAGGGUAUUUUUGGGGACAGCAGCUGCAGGCGUUUGUAACGCUCGGUCCCUGCGUGUUGACGCUGGGGAGCGGAGCUGGGGAAGCGGCAGGAGCAGGGUGCCGGUGCGGGAGCCGCGGGGAAGAGGCGUUGGAGCGAGGCUGAUGCUGCCCGCUGGCCGCCUGCCUUGAGCCAGUGAUGGAGGGGCUUGGGGGAGCCCCCAGGUUCCUGGCCUACCCUCGCGCCUUCACGGUGCAAAGCGGCGCCGACGCUGUCCUGAAGUGCCAGAUCACGGGCGAGCCCCGUCCGAGCAUCCUCUGGGAGAAGGACAAGACCCCCAUCGAGCCCUCGGGCCGCUUCCGAGUGGAGGCCGAGGGGAACGUGUACAGCCUGCUGGUGUCCCGGGUCACCCCCCAGGACAGCGGCCUCUACGUCUGCAAGGCCAAGAACAGCGUUGGUGAGACCUACGCCGCGGCCACGCUCAAAGUGGAGGCUGGGGAGUCAUGGCAGGAGGAGGAGGAGGAGGAGGAAGGAUGCCCGGGCAGCCAGGCACCCACCUUCCUGGUCGGGCCCUCGUCCCUGCGGGUGUGCCGGGGGGAGGACGUGACCUUCUCCUGCCGGGUAUCCGGGCAGCCCUGCCCGCUGCUGGAGUGGGAGAAGGACGGGCACAAGCUCGGCGACCUCUUCGAGAGCACCCACUUCGCGGUGGGGCAGGCGCCGGAGGACUGGCACUUCCUCAAGCUGUUCGGCGCCCGGCCCCCGGACGCGGGGGUCUAUGUGUGCCGGGCACGCAGCGGCUCCCGGGAGGCCCUGGCCGCGGCCGUGCUCCUGGUGGAGCCGCGGGCGAUGGAUGGGACCCCCGGCAACUCCCCCUCCAAUGGCCCCCAGCUGCUGGCCGAGCGGCAGCCGCGGCGGCACCGGCACGUGGGGACGGACACCUGGGUACCGGUGCCCAACGGGGUGCCGGGGGCCAAGGCGUUCGCCGUGAGCGCGGGGAAGCACGCCAAGUUUCGCUGCUAUGUCACCGGCAAGCCAAAGCCGGAGAUCGUCUGGCAGAAGGACGGCAAGCCCCUGGCGCCGAGCCGCCGGCACCUCAUCUACGAGGACCGGGAGGGCUACUUCAUCCUGAAGGUGCUGUACUGCAAGCCCCAGGACCAGGGGCUGUACGUCUGCACCGCCUCCAACACGGCCGGGCAGACCCUCAGCGCCGUGCAGCUCCAGGUGAAGGAGCACCGGGUGAGGUUCCAGGUGCAGCUGGAGGACGUGGAGGUGGCGGAGCGGGAGGACGCGGUGCUGGAGUGCCACGUGCCGCUGGAGACCAUCCCCACCGCCUGGUUCCUGGAGGACCGGGAGCUGCAGCCCAGCCACAAGUACGUGAUGGAGGACCACGGCGUGGUGCGGCGCCUGACCAUCCGCGACGCCCGCACCGACGACGACGGCAUCUACCUCUGCCAGAUGAAGGACAAGGGGCGCAGCAUCGCAGAGGUCUCCGUCCGAGGGGUGAUUGUGAAGAGGCUGCCGCGGAAGCUGGACGUGAUGGAGGGGGAGAACGCGGCUUUCUGCGUGGAGACGCGGGAGGCCGUGGAGGGGAUCUGCUGGAGCCACAACGGGCUGCAGCUGCACGAGUCGCCCCGCAUCGUUUUGAAGAGCUUUGGCAGGACGCACCUCCUGGUGCUGGUGCAUGUCACCCGCGAGGACGCGGGCGUCAUCUCCUUCACCAUCGGGGAGUCACAGACGUCCUCCCAGCUCCGGGUCAAGUGUGUGAAGCGGGACCCCCCCAGCGCGCCGGUGGCGGCCCAGAUGAGCACGGAGCAGAGCAACGCGGCCCUGCUGACGUGGUGCCCCGCGCCCGACGUGCACCACCGCCCGCCCAGCACCUACGUCCUGGAGCGUCGGGAGGCGGCGGGCGGCGAGUGGGUGCAGUGCCUCACCACCGACCUGGCCGGCCGGGUGCAGGUGCUGGGCGACAGCGUGCCCCGCGAGGCCGACUACUGCUUCCGCGUCUGCGCCGUCAACAAGCACGGCCGCAGCGGCCCCGUGGAGUUCCCCGGAUCCGUGCAUCUCGCCCCCGCGGCUCGCCUGGAGAGGGGCUUGCAGGACGCGUGGGUGCGGGACGGCGAGGACGCGCGCUUCUCCCUGGAGCUGUCGGCCUCGGUGCAGGGCACCUGGUUCCUGAACGGUGCGAGGCUGGGGGAUGAGGAGGGUGGCCGGUACGGCGUGCAGCACUGCAGGACGGAGCACUCGCUGCUGAUCCGGGGAGCGCAGCUGGCCGAGAGCGGUGCCACGGUCACCUUCAUGGCUGGCGGUGUGCGAGACUCGGCCACGCUGCACGUGCAAGCUCCGCCGGCCCGCAUCGCCCCGGUGCCCGAAGCCCAGCGGCUCCGGGAGCUGCCGUCGGGGCUGCCGGUGCUGCUGGAGUGCGAGGUGUCCCCGGAGGGAGCCCCCGUCUGCUGGCUGAAGGACGGCGAGGCCGUGCCCCUGGACGGCGUUAUCGCCAUGCAGGCGGAGGGCUGCGUGCGGAGGCUGCUCAUCCGCUCGGCCACCCCCGCGGACGCCGGUACCUACACCUGCGACACCGGGGACGACGCCGUGAGCUUCGUGGUGACCGUGACGGAGGCGCCGGUGAGGAUCGUCAGCUCCAACGAGGGGGCCCCCCACGCCUACACGGCCGGGCAGCGCGUGGAGCUGUGGUGCCAGCUGUCCCGCGCCGAGGCCCCGGUGUGCUGGUACAAGGACGGGGAGGAGGUGGAGGCGGGCGAGAGCCUGGUGCUGGAGCGCGAGGGGCCGCGGUGCCGGCUGGUGCUGCCCUGCGCCCGGCCGCAGGACGCGGGAGAGUUCGUCUGCGACGUGGGUGGCGACUCCGUCUUCUACAACAUCACCGUGGCAGGUGGGUGUGUGGGGACACGUCCCAGGGUGGUGCAUGGCCAGAACCAAAGGGUGUUGGCGCCGGUGAGGAUCGUCGGCUCCAACGAGGGGGCCCCCCAUGCCUACACGGCCGGGCAGCGCGUGGAGCUGUGGUGCCAGCUGUCCCGCGCCGAGGCCCCGGUGUGCUGGUACAAGGACGGGGAGGAGGUGGAGGCGGGCGAGAGCCUGGUGCUGGAGCGCGAGGGGCCGCGGUGCCAGCUGGUGCUGCCCUGCGCCCAGCCGCAGGACGCGGGAGAGUUCGUCUGCGACGUGGGCGGCGACUCCGUCUUCUACAACAUCACCGUGGCAGCCCCGCCGGCCCGCAUCACCCCGGUGCCCAAAGUCCGGCAGCUCCAGGAGGUGCCGGCGGGGCUGCCGGUGCUGCUGGAGUGCGAGGUGUCCCCGGAGGGAGCCCCCGUCCGCUGGCUGAAGGACGGCGAGGCCGUGGUGCCCUCCGAGACCCUGGCCAUCCAGUCGGAGAGAUGCUUGCGGAGGCUGCACGUCCCCGCAGCCGCACUGUCGGACUCAGGGACGUACACCUGCGACGCCGGGGACGAUGCCGCCAGCUUCAGGCUGACUGUGAUCGAGGCGCCGGUGAGGAUCGUCAGCUCCAACGAGGGGGCCCCCCACGCCUACACGGCCGGGCAGCGCGUGGAGCUGUGGUGCCAGCUGUCCCGCGCCGAGGCCCCGGUGUGCUGGUACAAGGACGGGGAGGAGGUGGAGGCGGGCGAGAGCCUGGUGCUGGAGCGCGAGGGGCCGCGGUGCCGGCUGGUGCUGCCCUGCGCCCGGCCGCAGGACGCGGGAGAGUUCGUCUGCGAUGCUGGGGACACUUCUGUGUCCUACCACGUCGUGGUGGCAGAGCCGCGAGUCAGGAUCCUGCACCCCGCGCAGCGCUCGCUGGAGCUGCCGGUGCUGGCGCCGGGGCGCGUGGAGCUGCGGUGCGAGCUGUCCGUGCCCGACGCCCCCGUGCGCUGGUUCAAGGACGGGCUGGAGGUGGACGAGUCCGACAACCUGCAGCUGCUGGUGGAGGGCGCCCGGCGCUGCCUCCUCAUCCCCAGGAGCAGCGCGGAGGACACGGGCGAGUACAUCUGCGAGAGCAAGGACGAGGCCGUCUCCUUCGACGUCAAGGUGUCAGAGCCCCCGGUGAUGAUCCUGCAGCCACGGCGACCUCCCCCGGUUGUGAAGGCAUCCCCGGGGGACACGGUGACGCUGGCCUGCGAGCUGUCCCGCGCGGACGCGCCCGUGCGCUGGGCCAAGGAGGGCGUCAGGCUGGAGGCUGGGGGCAGCCUGGUGCUGGAGGAGGAGGGCGCCCACCGGCGCCUGCUCAUCCCUGCUGCUCGAGCCGAGCACUCUGGAAAAUAUGCCUGCGAUGCUGGCGAUGACAUGGUGACCUUCACCGUCCAAGUGUCCGACCCCCCCGUCAGGAUUCUGGAGAGGGACGCGCUGCUGACCCGCCGGCGCUGCCGGGCCAUGGAGGACCUGGUGCUGGAGGUGCUCCUCUCGCACGCCCACGGGGAGGUGAAGUGGUACAAGGACGGGGAGAAGCUGCAGGACACGGGGCACGUGCGGCUGGAGGAGGACGGGGCGCGCCGCUCGCUCGUCGUCCUGGGUGCCACGGGCGGGGAUGCAGGGGAGUACCUCUGCGACACCCAUGACGACAGCAUCAUCUUCUGCGUCGCCGUGGAAGCUCCAGAACCACCGGUGACCAUCGUGGGGAACACGGGCACCACGGAGCACCGCUGCCUGGUGGCCGGGGAGGACCUGGUGCUGGCCUGCGAGCUGUCCCGGCCCGAUGCUGCCGUGCGCUGGCUGCGGGACGGCCGCGAGGUGCAGCUGGGGGAGCGGGUGCAGGCGGUGUCCCGCGGGGCGCUGCGGGAGCUCACCGUGCGGGCGGCACAGCCCGGGGACUCGGGGUGCUACGUCUGCGACGCUGCCAGCGACCGCAUGGUGACGAGCGUGGAGGUGGCAGCGCAGCCCGUGCGCAUCGUGAACAAGGAGGAGGCGCAGAGCCCGCUGGAGGUGCUGGAGGGGGACAGCGUCACGCUGGUGGCCCGGCUGUCCCCGGAGGCGGCGGCGGCGCAGUGGCAGAAGGACGGGCAGACGCUGCGCUCGGGCGGGCGGCUGCUGGUGUGCAGCGAGGGCCCCGCGCGCAGCCUCACCAUCAAGCAAGCGGAGCUGGGCGACGCCGGCGUCUUCCUCUGCGAUGCCGGCGACGACGAGGUGAACUUCACGCUGCACGUCAAGGAGGCGCCCGUGCUGUUCGUGAACAAGCAGGAGGAGCGGGAGAAGCUGCUGGUGCUGGAGGGUGGCAGCGCCGUGCUCUCCGCCGUCGUGUCCAAGGAGCGAGCCGACAUCACCUGGCUGGGUCCCCAGCGGCACGUGGUGGCCGGCGAGCGCUGCCAGCUGCGGCAGGACGGCCGCGUGCACAGCCUGGUCCUCUGCAACGUGGCCAAGGAGGACGCCGGUGUCUACACCUGCCUGUCCCCCCACGACCAGAUGCAGUUCGACGUCAGCGUCCGGGAGCUGCAGGUGAAGUUCCUGCGUGGCCUCUCGGACGUGCGCGCGCGGCAGGGCGAGACGGUGGUGCUGUGGUGUGAGCUGUGCAAGGCCAGGGGCGACGUGGUGUGGCUGAAGGACGGGCGGCCGCUGGCGCCCAGCGCCCGCCGGGAGGUCCGGGUGCAGGGGCGAGAGCGCUCGCUGGUGCUGAGCCGUGUGGGGCCCGAGGACGCCGGCGAGUACUGCUGCGAGUCCAACGACGACCGGACGCUGGCCACGCUGACGGUGCAGGUGCCCAGGGUGGUGGAGAUCAUCGCGGAGCUGCACAGCCUGACGGUGCUAGAGGGGGACGACGCCACCUUCAAGUGCAUGGUGUCCCCCGAGGAUGUGGCCGUGGUGUGGCAGCUGAACGGGCAGCCCGUGGUCCCCAGCGAGCGGCUGCUGGUGGCCAGGAGCGGGCUGUGCCACAGCCUCACCGUCCGGCGGUGCCAGCCGGCCGACGCGGCCACCGUGACGGCCAACGCCGAGGGGCUGCUGAGCACGGCCCGGCUGAGUGUGCAAGAGGCGCAGGUGCUGUUCGUGCAGAAGCUGCGGGACGUGGUGGUGGAGGAGGAGCAGGAUGCGUGCCUGGAGGUGGAGGUGAGCCACGAGGCGGCCGAGGUGCAGUGGCUGAAGCAGGGCGUCCUCCUCCAGCCCAGCGGCAAGCACCAGCUGCAGGAGUCGGGGCGCCGGCGCACCCUCACCAUCCGCAGCGUCAGCCCCUCCGACCGCGGCACCUACCGCUGUGAGAGCCUGCACGACCGCACGCAGGCCAAGCUCAGCGUGGAGCCCCGCAAGGUGUCGAUCCGGAGGCCGCUGGCAGACGUGGAGACCUUCGAGAAGGAGACAGCCACCUUCCUCCUGGAGCUGUCCCACGCCGGCGUGCCCGGGGUGUGGGCACGGGGCGGCGUGCGGGUGAAGCCCAGCGGCACAUGCCGGAUCAGCGCCACGGGCUGCACGCACAGCCUGACGCUGGAAGGGCUCACGCUGCAGGACUCGGGCACCGUCACCUUCACCACCGACACCCUGCGCUGCAGCGCCCGCCUGCUCGUGCGGGAGCCUCCCGUCACCAUGCUGAAGCUCCCGCGGGAUCUGGGGGUCCCGGAGUCGGGGGUCGCCACCUUCGAGUGCGAGCUGUCUCGCCCCACCGCCGAGGUGAAGUGGCUCAAGGACGGCAAGGAGCUGCGGCCAGGGCCCCACUGCCGCAUCUACUCCGUGGGUCGGCGCCGCCUCCUGCAGCUUGGCCACUGCGAGCUGCCCGACGCCGGGGUCUACACCUGCGACGCAGGCGACUGCCAGGCCUCCGCCACGCUGCGCGUCCACGAGCACCAGGUCCGCGUGGUGCAGGAGCUGCAGGACGCCCGCGUGCGAGAGGGUGACAACGCCGUCUUCACGUGCGAGGUGUCCCACGGGGACGUGGCGGGCGAGUGGUUCCGCGACGGGGAGAAGAUCAAGGUGUCCAGCACGGUGAAGAUACGGCAAGAAGGUGCCGCCUGCAUCGCGCACCGGGCAGCCUGCAUACCCGUUUUGGGGCUGGGAAAGGGAGAGCUCCAUUUGGCGUGGAUUGUAGGGCCGGGCAGGGUCCCAGCACCCCACUUACUGGGGUGCCCAUCUCCACCCCCCGCAGGGACCCGGCACUUCUUGCUGCUCUGCGCCGUGUGCCCCGAGGACGCGGGACGCAUCCGUUUUGCGGCCAGGACAGCCGCCUCGGAGGCCAGCCUGCAGGUGGAAGCGCUGCCCAUCAGGAUCGUGAAGCCGCUGCGGGACAAGACGGUGCUGGCGCGGCACAAGGCGACGCUGGAGUGCACGGUGUCGCACGCCCGGGGCCGCGUGCGCUGGCUGCGCGGGGACACCGAGAUCUUCGCCGGGGACAAGUACGAGAUCUGCAACCUGGACUGCUACCGCACGCUCAUCAUCCACCGCGUGGGCCCCGAGGAUGAGGACUCGUACACCUGCGACGCCUUUGAUGACCGCUCCACCGCGCGGCUCCUCGUGGAGGGAAGCUAGGCGCCAGGAUGCAGCACGGGGGCUGUGUGCAGAUGGAAGGACAGACGGCGGUGCUGGGAGACGGGGUCGCAUUUCCCCCGGGACGCACAGACAGAGGGAGACCGUCUCCGUCCUGCCCCGGCCUCACGGCUCUGCAUUAAACAGCCUU